AAUAUUUCUUUUUUUAUGUGAAAACUAAUAAUUUCUUAAAGGUUUGUUUGUUUGUUCGAAGAUAGAAUAAAUUUCUAGUGUAGUGAAUGUUACGCAAAAUAGGUACAUUUUAAGUUUAAGUUAGUAAAAACUUUAGUUUGUUUCCGGUAAAAAUGAUACAUAAUUAAUUAUAUAAUUUUUUGAUAUUCCUUAUCGUAAGUCGUGGUAGCGCUGCGCUAUACCCCUUCCCCGAUUCUCAAUCGGAAAAAGGAUGAGCGCUAAGAAUAAAUUAUAUUUUGUAUGCACUUACAAGAUUAUUAGUUAAUUUUCGAGGUAAUUUAAUUAAGUAAAGUCUUGCCUAUCUAAAAAUAAUUCAUUUAGGUAUUUGCUUAUUACCUAAGGCACCUACUAAGUUGUUCUUCAUUUGUAGAUCUUUUCUUUUCUUUUAAAAGCUUACGAACUUCCGUAUUUCGAGGUAACAAAUUUGACUCCAGCCAAAAACUUUAGCACUUUACAAUAUAAUAAAUGCAUAAAUGGUUCAGAACAGUAUGGUGAAGAUGUUGUUGUCUCAUGUAAUAAAUAUUUUGGAGCCGGCCAAAUUAAUUCAGGAAAACCUUUGUUUUCGCGCAUUUUUGCAUUGCAUUGUUAAGUAUUAAUUUAUAAUGAAUUAAAUUAUCAAGCUAAUUAAAUUUAAUGAUUUUUAAUUUAAUUUAUUAUGCAUGCCUUAGGCGAAGACAUAUCAUUGAUUAUAUAAAUGCGUAAAACCUGGAACGGAGUUAUGUGAACAUUGUAACUCGAUGCACGCGUUAUUGUAUUUCGUACCUAUCAAACGCGGAUGAAAUGUCUUGUGAGAGCCAGUGACAUAAGCACAGAAUAACAUAUUUUGAAGAAUUAAAAUAUUUUAUUUCUGGGCUUGACGCCGCUGUUUUUACAUAAAAACACAGUAAACAAAAAAUACUAAAACAAGCGUGAAUCACUAAUGUGAUCUUGCCUUCCAAAAUCUGAAGUACCUAAUUUAGAGGCAUUUAUUGAGGACCUCCUAGCCGACUCUUGUUUUGAAACGAAAUUCGUGUCUAGAAAUGAAUUAUAAAUAACAUCCGUUUAAUAACAAAAAUAGGAUUUAAAAUAACACUAAAAGCUAACAGGAAUAUUGGUUAGCUGUAAACAAAUCCCUAAAUUAUUGACCUUUUGUUUGUGUAUAAACUGCGUAGACACUGAUCGUAAUCGAAUGUAAACAUAUUUUGUAAGACUUGCUAAAAUAACUUGCAAUUGUUUUUGCUUACUUGUUUCUUUAAUCAAUACCUACUUCAUUUAAGCAAUAAUCGGAAUAGUUUAAAAUAUCUGCACUCGUAGAAAGAUCAACAACCUUUACCGUUAAUUUCAUGAAUAUUUAAAUGUGGAUUUGUGUAUCGAACUGAAUGGAAUAAAUCACUAGUCAUUUACAAGUCAAUUUUACAACUCGGCUUUGUGGUAGAGGCUAUUAUAGGACAUCUACUAAAAAACCGUGAAAGGGGACAUGCUUAGACCUUAUUUGUACGCGUGCCGAAGAUAACUUGGUCGCUGUCAAAAUGGGCACGUUAAUAGGGAACAUAACAAACUUCUACCACUACCUGAACGAUGACUUAGCGGAUCCCCGGACUAAGGACUUCCUGUUCGUGUCGAGCCCCGUACCGCUGCUGGUGAUCAUGUUUGUCUACCACCGGUUCGUUCAGUCCUGGGGGCCAGCCUUCAUGGCCAACCGGCAGCCCUACAACGUUAAGAACCUCAUAAUUGUAUACAAUAUCAUACAGAUUGCAUUGUCUAUUUUCCUUACGACGCAGUGUUUAACCAGGCUGUACCUAUCUGGAUACUACAGUCCUUGGUGUCAGAAGAUUAAUUACGAAGACACGCCGCUGGAGCGCGAUGUAGUCAGCCGAGUCUGGCUCUACUACAUGAUCAAGUUGCUAGAUUUAUUAGACACGAUAUUCUUCGUGUUACGGAAAAAGUUUAACCAAGUGUCGUUCCUACACGUGUAUCACCAUCUAGGAAUGUGCGCACUCGGAUUCUUCGGCACUAAAUAUGUACCAGGUGGUCAUGGUAUUAUGCUCGGCUUCAUCAACUCCAUAGUUCAUGCUGUCAUGUACAGUUACUACCUCAUUUCAAUAGUGAGGCCACAGUGGGUCAGGCAGUGGUGGAAGAAGUACAUCACGCAAUUGCAAAUCUUGCAGUUCCUGUUGUUGAUUCUCCACUUCGGUCACGUGCUGUUCGAGCCCUCCUGUGAAUACCCCAAGUGGGUCUCCUUCGUGUUCCUGCCACAUAACAUAUUUAUUUUAUUUUUGUUCUGUGACUUCUAUAUCAAAGAAUACAUUCUUAAGAAAAACAAAAAUAAAUCUAAGUAAUUUAAGGCAUAGGCAGUAAACAACAUAUUAUUACUAUUAUUAUAAUACUUAUAAAUAUACUUAAUUAUAUUUAAAUAUGACUAAUUAUAGCUUUGUGAAUAUGAAA